UUAUUAUUUUCCUCCUCGGCGCACUGGUAGCCUGUGGUCCAGCCAAAGCGAGCUGGAGUAUGUUCCUAAUACAGACGUCACCCUGUGCUCUGACCGUGCCAACCAAGUGCGCAGCUCUGAACUGUACAACUACAACCUCGACAUGCUUACGGACGACCGAGGAAUCCUCGCAUCCCUCAACACAAGCAGUCUGGCACCGACAUCUGCAGCGGCUCGCUAGACACGACACCGUUUUUCACUACAGGACGUUUUUGGGCACGCGGACUUCUUUUCUGCGCACUUGAAGCUGAAGCUGAUUCGCGAGAGGGUUUAAAGGAAGGAGCAGGGACUCUUAAGCCAGGUGAGGCUGAUGAUGGAGGAGGCGUCAGGUCCCCGGUCCUGCACUGCAAAGCCCCCCCGCAGUCUACUCGAAUGGAAGAAGAGAGUCAAGUCUGAGUACAUGAGGUUAAGACAACUGAAACGCUUCCGCAAAGCUGAGGAGGUCAAGGCUCUUUUCCAGUCAAAUCGCCGCAAGAUUGAAGGAAGAACUGAGCUGCUGAAUGAGGAAUGGUCCAAGCUCCGAAUCCAGUCCAUUCCCCUUCCCACAACCAGUGGCUCUCUGCCCAGCAAAAAGUUGUGCAUGGUAGAGUCUGGCUUUCCAUCUUUUCCAUACCAGGCAGUUGCCAUGCGUCCCUUGACAACUGUUGCUGGGAUACCAUUCAUGUACUCCUGGUCCCCUUUGCAGCAGAACUUCAUGGUGGAAGAUGAGACAUUUCUGCAUAAUAUCCCUUACAUGGGAGACGAGGUGUUGGAACAGGAUGAAGCUUUCCUGGAAGAGCUAAUUGACAAUUAUGACGGGGUGCAUGGAGACAGAGAAGGAGGCUUCAUAAAUGAUGAGAUCUUUAAAGAGCUGGUGGAGGCACUGAGCCAAUACUCAGACCCAGAGGAAGAGGAGGAGGAAGAGCCCUCAGAGCGAACAGAGAAUGAGGAGGAGGAGGAGGAGAAAGAGGUGCAGAAAACUACAGCUGAAGGAGCAGAAGAGUCAAAAGUGUGCAUCUUCAAAAGGAAGAGGAGUAGCACUACUGAAGGAAGAGAGCUCUCCGCCAAUAAGAAGAUUCCCCAUGACAAGAUUUUCACAGCUAUUGCAUCUAUGUUUCCAUACAAAGGCACCAUGGAGGAGCUGAAGGACAAGUAUAAGGAUCUCCUGGAGCCAUCCAGCCCUGUGAAGUUGCCUCCUCUCUGCACGCCCAACAUGGACGGCCCCUUUGCCAAAUCUGUUCAGAGAGAGCAAAGCCUGCACUCUUUUCACACACUUUUCUGUCGCCGCUGCUUUAAAUAUGACUGCUUCUUGCACCCUUUCCAUGCAUCUCCUAAUGUGUAUAAGAGGAAGAAUAAAGAGAUCCGAAUGGAGACAGAGCCCUGCGGACUGGACUGCUUUCUGCUGCAGAAAGGGGCAAAGGAGUUUGCUGAUCAAAACAUGCAGAAGUCUCAAAGGCCCCGUCGUCGACGGCGACAGCCCCGCCCUUCGAGUUCCUGUGGCCCCUGCCCCUCAGUCUCCGGUGAGGAGGGAAAAGAAGGAGACAGCGACCAUGAGACCACCAGUUCCUCAGAGGGUAACUCUCGGUGUCCCAGUCCUGCCAAACUGAGACCAGGGGAGGAAGGAACAGAGGAGUCCGAUUCACCUCCUCAGUGGAGCGGAGCUGAGGAGUCUCUGUUUAGAGUCCUGCACGGCACAUAUUACAACAACUUCUGCUCUAUUGCACGACUCAUUGGUACCAAGACAUGUAGAGAGGUUUACGAGUUUGCAGUGAAAGAGAUGCUUAUUCACCGUGUUCCGCUGGAGGAUGGUGGCAUCUCACCUCAGAAGAAAAAAAGAAAGCACAGAUUAUGGGCAAAGAUACAGCUGAAGAAAGACAACUCAUCCAAUCAAGUGUACAAUUAUCAGCCAUGUGACCACCCUGAGCACCCAUGUGAUAGCUCCUGCUCGUGUGUGAUGACGCAAAACUUUUGUGAGAAAUUCUGCCAGUGUCAUCAGGAGUGUCAGAACCGGUUUCCUGGCUGUCGCUGUAAGACUCAGUGUAACACCAAGCAGUGUCCGUGUUACCUGGCAGUGCGGGAGUGUGACCCUGACCUCUGCAUGACCUGUGGGGCCGCAGACCACUGGGACAGCAAACAGGUCUCCUGUAAGAACUGCAGCAUUCAGAGAGGAAUCAAGAAGCACCUGCUCCUGGCCCCAUCUGAUGUUGCAGGGUGGGGUACAUUUAUCAAAGAGCCAGUCCAGAAGAACGAGUUCAUCUCUGAGUACUGUGGAGAGCUUAUUUCCCAGGAUGAAGCAGACAGGAGGGGCAGAAUCUAUGACAAGUACAUGUCCAGUUUUCUCUUCAACUUGAACAAUGACUUUGUAGUGGAUGCCACUCGCAAAGGGAAUAAAAUACGAUUCGCCAACCACUCCGUCAACCCCAAUUGUUACGCAAAAGUUGUCAUGGUGAAUGGUGAUCACCGCAUUGGAAUCUUUGCCAAGCGAGCCAUACAGCGAGGAGAAGAGCUCUUUUUCGACUACAGAUACAGUCAAGCGGAUGCAUUGAAGUAUGUGGGUAUUGAGAGGGAAAUCGACAUUGUGUAGACACUUUCCUUGAGUGUGUCCUCAUUUUUGCUUACCCACAAUGCUUUGCACUUCACUGACGUCACAGAUUGAUUUGAUGAUGCAGUCAGAUGGUGAUGUCACUACCUUAACCUGUGGUUUAAUUGACUUGUCUGAACAAGCAUUUUUGUUUUCUUCUUUGAGAUAACGUUUGUGAUGACCUAAAGAAACCAAAAGGUGUCCUCAGAUUUACAAAUCCACUCCUCCGCAUUUGCACUAUACGGCCAAUAACACAGGAUGGAUAUUGAUAGACGUCACCAUUUUCUCUGUCAUGGAAGGAAAAAUGACAGUUCAGACAACUGUCAUAAAGUUGUUGUUGUUGUUUUUUUAUCCCAUCUCUCCAUUCAUAAGGCUCUGUAAACAGCUUUUGAAAUAGCUAUAACCUCUAUUUGCUCAAUAUAUACUGUAACUGCAAACUGAAUGCAUCACACUUAGCCGUCAUUGUUUCUGGUCAAAAUAUUCUGUUGUGCAAAACAUCAAGCAAUAUUUCAUAGUUACAUUUGCACUUAUAGUCAGUCAGGUUAGUAUCUUCUCUCUUUAGAACAAACUUCAGUAAACUCCUGCAACCUGGUGUCAUUUGAUGUUAGCCUGUUACUGUAAUGUGCAUACCUCUGCUAUCUAUCUAUCUAUCUAUCUAUCUAUCUAUCUAUCUAUCUAUCUAUCUAUCUAUCUAUCUAUCACUCUUGCUGUGUUGCACAAAGCUGGCUCAUGUUGUCAGAGAAUAGCAUUCUAGCUAACAUAGCACUAAGGCAGUUAAUCUUCAUCUCUGCUUAAACUGUAUGAGGUUAAAUAUUGUUAAUGUUCUGUAGAAAUAAACAAAACAAGUGACCAUAUAAACCGACAGACUGAAUGUGAACUGUGAGCUAAAGAGUGACUUAAAGGAUAUUGUUUAGCAGGCUUUUUUAAGAGUGAACAAGAGAGUGUACAAAAUAGGCCUAGCAAGAGUUAGGGUUUGGGUUUCACUGUCAUGUGUUACAUUUUAUUUAAAAUAAAGAACUAAACCAAAUGA